AGUGAGCAGGUGUGAUGACAGGAAGUCUACAAAGACACUGCUGCUGUUCACUCCGUCCCCGUGUUUUGGUGCGCAGAGAGAAACUCUUAUUUGAAAUGCGUUUGAAACAAAAAGGAUACUGCUUCGGUGUCCUUCUCAUUUUCACCGUCACAACAAUCCAUUUACCGUCAGCGGGUUCCUCCCAGCCCCACUCACGUUUGGUUCAUAGCAAUGACAAGAGCAGCGUUUUAACGACCAGAGGCCUCCCUCACUCCUCUAACCGCGAGAGCAGAAAGCGGCCACACUCGGACUCAAAGCCGGGAGAAGGUUCCAGAAACCCCCCGUACUUCCACGUCUCAGAGCACAGGUACGGGACACAGACUGAAACCUCUGGCGGGCCUAAACACACACUCAAACCAAAAAUGGCGUCGACUUUAACCGAUAAAAGCUUCAGAAACAGUGAAAAAGCGAAGCGAAGCGAUGGGGAAUGGACGUUUUUUUCGCCAAACCCUCCAAAUGAAGAGUGUAGCAAAGGGGAAAUUGAGCAUGUCAUCCCCGGCAAGUUUUACAUUCCUGGUCAACUGGAAACUAACCUUAAUAUGGGUUACCAGGCAGAUUCCGCCGUUUCAGGUCCGGCUCACAAAUGCCAGGAGAGAACCAGGGGUCAGCGGCUCCGUGGCUCCCAGGAGAGCUGGCAGAGGCUGCAGCCCCUGGUGGAGUGUGGAGACGCCGCCAUGACCCUCACUGUCAGGAGGAGACGAGCUGCACAGCUCCAGCUGGACAUAGUGAAUGAGUCAUCGGUGCCCCUGUCCCGGCUGCCACCGCAGUGUGGCUACGCUGUUCAGACCACAUGGAGAGACCUCAGUCUGAGGGCUCAGUUUGAUGCCUGCCAUGUCACACAGGAGGAUGACAGUUUUGUGUUGCCUCUGCUGUGGAGGGGGACUCCGGUCAAGAUGUUGUGUCCAGCCUCUCAGAUCCAGCCUGUGGCCGCGGGCCCGUCCUCCCUCUGCUGCUCCCCGCACAGCUUGACUGUCAGAGUGCAGGGACCCCAUGCUGCAGAGGAUCUGAGGGUAAACGUGAGAGGAGAAUGGACCCCUGUGGCGGUGUUGGCGGAGCGGUGUGACUACACUUUGGACAGACAGGAUGCAGAGAUUGUUAUCACUGCUCCAUUCAUUACAUGUGGCAUAACCAUAAAGGUGAUUUUCAGAAACAUCACACAGAAAAUCUCAUCUUUUUUUCAGGAUGGAAAAUACACACUUUCUCUUCAGAUAGGAGAGAAGACAUUCACCCUGGCCUGUCCCGUGUCCCCCCAUGAAGAACUCCCACUGACCCCUCAGCCUCUGGUCGACAGCCCCACUCCUCUAACCAGAGGGCCAACAGAGCAGGUGCCAGACCCUGUGGAGGCUUUUCCCUGGGCUCCUCCUUUCUACCUGGCCCCGCUUUACUAUCCCCACCCUACAUAUCACCACAAGUAUCCUCGCUCUGAUCGACGUCAUCCAAAUAACCCUCCUACUCCCUCAUCUCCGACUCCUCCGCCUACAUCCGUUCCACAGCCUCUCCCUCUUGUUGACCACUACCCUCACCAGAUUCCUGUGAGGGAGUCGUAUAAACAUUUCGGUGUCCCAGGCUUUCUUUUGUUAACAGGUGAUCCGGAGGAUUCCAGUCGGGCGUAUCAAGAUCUGCAGCAAAAGCAAGACACUUCCAUCGUAGCUGUCUCUGAGAGUGCUGCACGCUCUCCCGCCUCAGAUACAGGCUUUGCAAUUGAAGUUGAACCUCCUUUCCAGCCCCCCAGCCAUGCCUUCAAUCCAUACUAUCACUACUACCAUCACCCUAAAAUCCCUCUUCCUGGCCCACCUCAAAACCGUGAUCCUGAGGUGCCCAGAGAACGCUCUUUAAAUAAUCCUCAUAACCCUGAAUAUCCAGCGUUGCCGCCCGACGUGAUGCAGUCUGAGGCUCUCCGCAGAGUUGACUCUCACCAGUUCCUUCAGCCCUGGACCGAGGCUGCCGCUCAUCCCAACCCCCUUCCAGCAAGUCCUCCCAAAACCUCUGCACCUUACACACCUCAUCCUCCACAGCCCUAUCCAUACCCCUACUUCUACCACUUUCCGCAUUUUAUUCUGGGCGAGGCCAAACGAUUGGCUCCUUCCACAGCCGACGUGUCUGCAAAAACGCGUUUGUCUGAUCAAAACACAAAGCCGAGCAGGUUUGGUUAUCCGCUUCCUGCCUCCUCACACUUUCCCGACAAGCACUACUUAAAUCCUUACAUACACCAGCCGGAUAAUAGUAUUAACUUUCUUAAAAAUGGCCCAGAAGGGCUCAAACACCAACUUUUAUCUGAAAAUUAUAUUAAUACCGGUGAUGUAAAAGCAGAGCUGGAUGACAAAAAAAGGCACUCUGCCUCUGUGCGUCCGGCCGUCCAGCCCCUCCCCCCUCCCGCGCACCCUCCUCAACCAGACGCUGUUGCAGUUCCUGCUUCUGAUCCACCCAUAAUCCCCACUCCAUCCCCCAACCAUAAUCUUCCCCCUCACUCCUACUACUACCACCACCACCACCCUUAUAAUCACUACUAUCAGAUGUUUUAUGGACCUGUCAAUCACCCGUCGCCAACUUUAUCCAAAGAAGCUUUGGACCCACUGCACCAAGCCUCUUCCUCCCUGCCACAGCGUCCGUCCUAUUAUAAACUUCAAACCGCUACUCCACCCACAAAGUCGAUGCCUGAUCCCCUCCACCCUGGUCCCCUCCACCCUUACUACUAUUAUUACCACCACUACCACCAGCCUCAAGUGUCUGUACACAGCCAGGAGCUGCAUCCUGCAUGCAGGGUGAACUCUGAAGGAGAUGCAUCAAAAGCAGAAUCUCCGCUUCCUUCAGACCCUUAUAGGGACUGGGCGGAUUGGCUGGGCCGUGCCGCUGAUGCAGGAUAUCCCAGCAUCCCUCAGCCAGUGCACAGCCCCUAUCCAAGCCUUGAUUCCUAUUAUAUCACUCAGCGACGUCUGUUUGAUGUUUUCGGGCGUCCUGGUGGAGAGGAAGCAGAAGCAAGGCUGGAUCGUGAAAUGAAAGAUCACCUCAGGGCCAACCCGUCCACUCCCUCUGCCUCGCCCUGUGCCCUUGGCCCUGUGUCAGAUGUUGACUGCAGCGCCUCUUUGGGCUGCUGCUCAUACUCUGUGAAGGACUGUACAAUGGGACAGCAUUUCAUCUUUCCGGUGCCUGACUCCGUGUUGGAGCCCACAGUGGCCCUGCCCGCUCAUCCCUCUGAGCACAAAAGAGUGUCCUGCAGGCUGCAGAAGUUGACCUCUGACCCCGACCUCUACGCUGUCCCCCUGGAUGGCUGUGGCGUGAACACUCAUGUGUUUGGUCAGACAGUGGUUCAUCUGUUGGAAGUCCAUGGUAUCUAUUCUCACCGAGACCCCAGUUCUGUCCAUGGCAACUCUCCUGUCAGGUUGAUGGUGGAGUGUAGUUCCUCCCCGGGUUGCCCAGGUGAAGUCAGGCUCCAUGUGAUGGAUCACCCCCCACCCCCCGUUCAGUCUACACCAGCCACUGUGCAGCUGAGAAUUGCCACAGAUGAGUCCUUCACCAGGUUCCACCCUGAGGCCCACCUGCCCCUCAGCCUGAUGCGAGGCCGAGCAGUUUAUGUGGAGGUGAGCCUGCUGGCCCCCCAGGAGCCCGGCCUGGUGCUGCUGGUUCACUCCUGCCUGGCUUACGCUCCAGCCCCUCACAACAGCUGGCUGCUGGUUUACGAUGGCUGUCCCGGCCGGGGUGAUUCACAGCUACUUCCUUCCCCACACUCUGACCCCCACCGCACCCGGAGGAUCGUAGUCUAUGGGGUCCCGCCUCUGCCCUCUGAAGGGCCCUCCUACAUGGCUGAAGGAGGAUGCGCUCACCUGAAGGACCCAGAGAUCUAUUUCUUGUGCCUGACAGAAGUGUGCUUGGCUGCAGAUGGUGACUGCACUGUCGGCUGCAUCUACAGUCCUAACAGUGACGUGUGAAAUAAAAUGAACACUUUCACACAACUGCCCUCUUGUUUUGUUUUGUGGAAAUAACAAAAGUCUUUGUGCGAAAAGAAGGGGAAAUCCCAAUAGGAUAUUUAUUUAAAAACUUGUGAACUUAAAAACAACACAGUGCAAUGCAGUAGUACUACAGAGUGCAGAGAAUAAAAACAAGCAAUACACAAACAGGACACUAAUUGUACUUCUCUUUGGUCACACAAGAUUUUGGCAGGAACACUAUAACACUAUGUCCGUUACAGCGUUUCCCCUCUGCAUCAAACCGUUGACAGGAAGGCAGCGCUUAGUUCACAGCUCCAAACAUGCCACUUGACAUGUUUCUACAGUCGGUUUAACCGCCGCAAACACACACUGAGGAAAGGCCCCAGAAUAAUAAGGCCUUUUGACUUUGUUUUCUGACCAGUUCUGUGGUUUUCUGGACAAUCAUAAAAAAAUUAGGAAUUAAAUGGAAUGCAAUUAGUGCAGAGACACAGCAAAGGAUAACUUGCUCAUUUACCAAUGUACCAUUACAUCUCCUACGGCAUCAAAUAAAUUGGCAUGAAUGUGAAGUAAGCGGUAAGUGUUCAGUCAUUUGUCCCUGACAUGCUUAAUGGCUGCUGUGAUGAUUCAGAUGAUUGACCUUACACGUGCCGAGCUUAAAUAGAUUUAAAAAGACUUAAAUGAUCCCUUUUUCAGAUAUACAUAGAAUAUUAGUUUAAACAGUGAUAUAUCUGCCAGUGGCUCAGUGAGUUUUUAACUCUUUCACAUGAAGAC